GCUGGCGGGGUGGGGAAAAAAAAAACCCGGGGCGGAGAGAAAGAAAGAGAGAGAGGAACGCGAAAGCGUGAGCGGAGGCUGUGUUGGCGCGCGCGCGCCUGCCUCUGACAAGGGAGACGACCCUGAAGUCUCGAGCAGAGCCAAAGUCAUAAGGGGAUUGGGAGGUCCUCCUCCGCUCCUUUCCCGCUCCCCACCCCACCCCACCCGCCGCCCCCUCCCCGCCUUCUCCAAGCUGGGCUGGAGCGGCGGCCGCCGUUGCCUUGCUUACAUGGAGAGACAGCGCCUGUCAUGCUUGUGAGCAGCGGCAGCCGCCGCCAGCUCCCUGCCUCCUCCUCCUCCUCCUUCUGUUGCUGUGCUGCAUUGGGAAUAACCGCUCUGCCAUUGACUGGAGGUGGGCUCGAGCCCUCGCGAGGGGAAUAAUACCUGGCCGAGCGCGGAGCCUCGGAGGCUUCUCGGCCUCCCGUCUGAGGGGGGACGACAACAACAACAGCAGCAGCGAGAAGUGCCCGCAGGAGGAGAGGGGGCUUCCCGCCCGCCGCCGCCGCCGCCCGCCGGAAUGAGCUGAGCCCCCUUUCGCCCGCCUCUCUGCCCGAGUGGGCUGGAUGGCUCGCGGGCUGAGCGCAGGCGGCUGGCAAACUUGCAGGGCCCGCCGAAUGCCUUCGGGGAGCGCCGCUGCUCCCGCCGGCUUCCGGGACGCCGCCGCCGCCGCCCGCGCCGCUCUUGGCGGAGGCAUCUUGGCACAAGGGGAGUGAAGGCUGCAAAGGCGGCUGCUGUCCGCGCAGGGGGUGCUGCUCACGCGGUCCUAAUGCCUGUCACUUCUCGGGACGCGCUGGUGGUGGCAGCGGCGGCGGCGGCGGCUGCAGGCGGGAGCCCCCCGAGUGCUGCUCGGGCUUGCUUGGCUUCUUCCGGCAUCUGAUUGGAUACGGCCGGGCUCUGCGUGGGACAGCGGAGCUGUGGCGAGGGGCCUCCGAGAGACAGAGAGAGAGGAAAAAAACAUGGGUUAUUGCAGCGGCAGGUGCACGCUGAUCUUCAUCUGUGGCAUGCAACUGGUAUGUGUGCUGGAGAGACAGAUAUUUGAUUUCCUUGGUUAUCAGUGGGCACCAAUCCUGGCAAAUUUUGUACACAUUAUUAUAGUCAUACUUGGCUUAUUUGGAACCAUCCAGUAUAGACCUCGCUACAUAACAGGAUACGCUGUCUGGUUAGUCCUCUGGGUUACAUGGAAUGUAUUUGUUAUCUGCUUCUACUUGGAGGCUGGGGACCUAUCAAAGGAAACAGAUCUUAUACUGACCUUCAAUAUCUCAAUGCACCGUUCUUGGUGGAUGGAGAAUGGGCCGGGCUGCACAGUGACAUCUGUGACCCCAGCCCCAGACUGGGCACCGGAGGACCAUCGCUACAUCACUGUCUCAGGUUGUGUUCUUGAAUACCAAUAUAUAGAAGUGGCUCACAGUUCCCUACAGAUCUUUCUUGCACUGGCAGGAUUCAUCUACGCCUGUUAUGUUGUGAAAUGUAUCACCGAAGAAGAGGACAGCUCUGAAUACCCGAUGAUGGGAGGAAGAAUGGCCUACUGGCUCCCUGGAGCAAACCAGAUUGACUUCAUAGGUGGAUUUGACUCUUACGGCUAUCAAGGCCCACAGAAGACAUCUCAUUUACAGCUACAGCCCAUGUAUAUGUCCAAGUAGACAAAACAAAGUCUGUGGUUGGGGUCGAAGGACUAGUCAAAGAACUUAUUCCAGCACGGCCUCCUGUGAGUGCAAAAGAAGGAAGAAGUCUUAACUUUUCUGUUUCAAAAUAUAAUACUAGAAGAAUGCUGGGACACGGAGACCUCACUUUCUCACAAGUACAGACUGCAAUGCACAAGAUCCUUUCUCUCCCAUCUUGGAUUUUCCAAAUUCUUAUACAGAAAGUUCAGAAGGAGAAGCGGUGGCACCAUCUUCUGGUCACUGCCUGCCUUCUCUUCCCUUUGCUCCUGCCUCUGAAUUAUGAAAAAUAUCUCAUCCAUUUUGGUUCUGUCAGGAGCCGUGUCCUCUUAGUCAAUAAACACUAACGAUACCAUGAUGACCUUGAAACAGAAGUCAAUAGACAGCAAGUUGUUUGCCCUAAAGGCUGUAUAAUACAUACUUGCCUUAACCUAUCCUAAGUUACACAUCAGAGAAAUUCGGUGUGGACUUUCUGAAGUAACUUCCUUUAGGCUCAACCAUGCUGUUCAUUAAUUGUUAAAGAUUUCUAAGGCUGUGUCAGGUAAUAGACUCUGCUCCCCAGUAGUUCCAGAGUUGGCUGUGUAAGAAAACCACCCGCUGGCAGACAGAAGAGGUGCUUUAAGUCUCCAGAAGGGCUGGGAUGCAAAUACACUUUAAAAUACUUCUAACAGAACUGGGCUCUUUGGGGAGCUGGAAAAUGCUGAGGGGAAAAGGAACAUUUACUAAAGUAAUAACUGUAAAGAAACAACAAAAACAGUGCUCCUUAACCCCACUGUUUUUAUUUACUGCACUCUAGGUGCUUUUAUAAAUGACUCUAAAUAUGUCUUUUACUAAUGACAGAGACGUCUGCAUUAUUUCUAUCAGCAGAGGCCAACUGAAUAUGUAUUAACUAUGUUUACUCUUUUAUAACUUAAUUCCAGUUGAAAAUCCUAUGUAGGUGAGCUUUUUUAAAAAAAGAAAAACCUGCAGCAUAUAAGAUAUUUCUUUCUGGGUUUUGUUUUGUUUUUUUAGUUGGGGUGGGAGUAGUUGCGUUGGUAACAUUUUUGAAGACCUUUUUGUGAUAUUUGGGGGAUCUGUUGUGUGUUAGAAUGUGUAUCUUAACUUUCUGUAUUAUCGUGGCUGGGAAAAAAAAGCUGUGCUGUUAUGUAGUUGGCAACAAGAUGCCUUUGGAAACUUUGCUAGUAGAUCAAUGUCUUUAUGAAAUACUCUUGGAGUCCUAGAAACGUCUGUUUGUUCUGAAUUUGAGCUGUAUAUUCAGCCACUUCAUUGGCUUUUCAAUGGGAAGAGAUAUUUUGCUCAGGAUUUUUUGGAACCGGAAUUGCCCUCAUUUCUUUAUUUAAAACUUACAUGGGUAUUCCAGCUGUAGGCACUUGAUGGGGGAGAGGUUCUUCUACAACUUAGCAAAUUGCCCAUCAAGUCGUCUUCAGGCAACGUUUUUCUACACUUGCCAAAUGUUUGCAUUCUGUGUGGCCUAUAAAAACCAUCAUUCCCCAUGACAACUUUCAAAGUCUGUUCCUAUAGAAACACCAGUCCAACUCACUCCACCUCACAUUUUUGUAUCUUUCAAUGGAUGUAACAUGUCACAGACAAAAAUAAAUCUGGAUGCGUACAGGACAGACAUGCACUAUAAACAUAAUCAGAUUCCAGCAACUAAAGUGGAAUGGAUGUAACCAAACUGUACUAUGAGGAAAUCUGCGUAGUAUAGUGGAUAAUACAUGUAAAUUUCAAAACUGUAUUCCUGCAAGAUCAAGCAUCCUACUCUUAAGUAGUUGCAUAAUUGUAUCUACACUGCACUGGUGCAGAUUUUCAAGGUGCUCUAUAAUUCUUGUUGGCUUGUUCGCCAUUUUAGGCUCGGACCAGAAGUCACUGUAAACCUAACAUUCACUCGCUAUCAGUGGAAUUAGUCUGGGAUAUGAUGCAUGAAGUAUUGCAUCCUUAACUUUACUUUUCAGAUAGGUGAGUUAAGGAGCAUGGACCAUGUUACAUAGUGAAGCAGCAGCAACUCACUGACAUUCUAUCUCCGCUUAUGGGGAUAGACACAGCAUAUCAGCAAACUUAUAUAUGUAUUCUGGCUCUGGAGUAGAGUUUUGAUCUCCUGAAUGCAUAUCCAUAGCUCAGACUCCUGGUUUAUUAAAGAAUGAUGACUAUACUUAACUACACAAUUUUUGGAGAAUCCAUUGCUUUAUAUAGGUUCGAUCUUGCUAAACACCAUAAAGGCCUAAUUACUUUAAAAAUAAUUGUGUUUAUUUUUUCUGUUUGUAUAAUCAUAUAUAUAUGGGAGUGUACCAACACCAAGCUUCCUCAAAUUCCCUAUCAGGAAAUGUUUGUGAAGUUUGUGGUUCAGUUCAGUGUUAGCAAAUAUGAGCAAGCUAGCCAGUCAGCCAGUGCUAUUUCAUCGGCCUCUAGGAUGAUGGCACUUCUCUACCUUUGCUUCCCAUGCCUGCACCGGUAUCUACUAGGAAACAGCCAUCUUGCUGCAAAUAAAUGGUAUACUUUCCUAGAAUGUAUCCUGCUACCCCUGCUGCCAAAUAUUGCUGUAUGUUUUUAAAAGCAACUGCAUCCACUGUAGAACAAAGCUGAAUGAGAAGAGGGAAGUAUGUUCCCUUAUUUCCUGUGGGCUGUAUCACCCCUAGUGCAAAAGCCUCCAUGAAAGAUACAGAGUUUCUCGAGCUCAUGUGCAGGUUUACAAGGAUCCAGACUUGCUCUUAUAGCAGCACUAACAGCAAGUGCCAGCUGCUUUUCAGAGUGCAGCGCAAUAGUAUGACUAGUGAGUGUCCAGAAAGGAGAAGUGCUUGUAGGACAGAUGUCGGGUAAGGGAACCACUUUCUCUGCUUUAGUGUGGGCACUGUCCCAACGAGAGAUGGGCUUUCACUAUAAAAGGGACUCCCAACUGAGUUCUCCUCCUAUAGGAAUAUAUUUGGCUAGAACUUCUUUCCCUGAAUUUGUCUAGGUGUACUGCAGGCUUCUUCCCUCUAGCAAUGCCCCUGGGGAAAUGGAGUUGAAAAAUGACAGUGAGGCGUUUUAUUUCGGUUUGGUUUUUUUGCAAGAGAUCAGAGAAAAGAGAAAGCUACUCACAUUUAAAAUGGAUUGGCAUGCGGAGGAGCAGAGGCGCCUGGAGGUAAGACGAGAAAGUCGCUGAAGACCAUGGUCUUCGAGAAGUGAGAUGGUUCUGCUAUGACUGUAAGAGGAGAAAGAAGGUUAGAGUGCCUCUUCUCCUAGUGCAAGAGUAAGCAAAAGCAGAGAAUUUUGAGGCAUUGCGAUGAAAAUUCUACACUUUCGAUGCUGCCAUACAAACACACACACACACACACACACACACACACAAUAGGCCUUCAUACUUGCUUACAUUGCAGCUAAAUCACUACCACCAAAACAAUUUCAAGACUGUUGACUACUACAGUGGAUAAACUAAUGGACACAUCUGCUAUGGAAAGAGUUUUAGAGCACAGUAGUGUGAGAAUAUCUGAAAUGCUGUUGUUGAAUUGUACAGCUGUAUCCUCCUCAAAAAUCCAGUGAAGAAUGUUAUUUUUCUAGACUGGGCUUUUUGUUGUUAUAAAUCCAAAUAUUUAGAAGGCAAGUGUUAACAAUCCAAAUGUCCUUUUUUUCUUAUAGUCAUUUGUUAACUCUGAAUGUAUUUUUAACAGAAGGUGGAUUUUUUUUUGACUAACUAGUGUAAUUUGCAUUUUAAAAAAAUAAAUGGAAAAAUAUAGGUUUCCAAGUGUU